AUGACGAAACGGGGUCGGGGGAGGCCAAAGUCUACGGUGCCACCGACGCCGGCGAGUCAACCUUCACCGGAAAAGUCACCGACGGGGAACACGAGUGUGCUGAAGGGAGGACGUACUGAGGAUGAAACUAGCAAUGACGGCUCGAUUAGGAAGGAAAAGGAUGCGCGAACAGACGAAACCCUAAUUGCGAAGAAAACUGAAGCAAUUGUGGAUGCACCGCAGCGAAAACUGUGGGUGGAUGUACUCACGGAUAAUCGCAAUCCAGCGAAGGGGAUGACUAUGGAAUUUGUGGCGCCAACGAUUGUCAACGGGGAAGUGGAAAUUGAAAUUGAAGAAGAUGAUGUGACUUCUGAAAUUCAAUUUUGGGAAAACGCUUUGGUUCUGUAUGUGCUUGGCACAGAUUUGAGCAUGUAUACGAUCAAGAACUAUAUGGAGAAGAAUUGGAACUUUGUACGAACUCCGGAUCUAUACUACCAUGAGGAUGGCUAUUUCCUGGCUCGAUUCAAUUCUAUUGAUGAUAGGGAAGCAGUGUUGAUGAAAGGACCCUACACAAUUAGGAAUAUGCCGUUGAUUUUGAAGGAAUGGAGGGCAGAUUUCAACUUGAAGAAGGAUCUGCUGCGAACACUGCCUAUUUGGGUGAAGCUCCCGCAGUUACCUCUGCAUCUAUGGGGUGUGAAGAGUUUGAACAAGAUAGGAAGCGCUAUAGGGACGCCUUUGGUUACUGAUGAGUGUACUGCGAGCAGGCUGCGCAUGUCUUAUGCUAGAAUCUUGGUGGAAGUAGAUGUCACUCAGAAAAUGGUAAAGGAAAUAUCCAUAAAGGACAUUGAAGGAAGAAGGAUAAAGCAAGGAGUGGAAUAUGAAUGGCAACCUAGCUUUUGUGAAUCCUGUCAGAAGAUAGGCCAUCAAUGUCAAAAGGGAAAGAAAACUCAACAAUGGAGACCUAAGCAGAAACCCCCUGAUGUGGUAAAGCAGACUACUCCCCUCAAGGUCAAUGAACAUGAUGUUGCUACAAUAAAUAAGGCACCAAUAGAUGAGGAAAAUGUCAAUAGUGGGGAAGCACCUUGGACGGAGGGCAGAAGAACAGCAAGAGAUAAAGGUAAGAAUGUUAAAAUUGUACCUUCUGAGAUUGCUUGUGACAAUGGCUUUGCGGCUUUAGAGGUUUUGAGUGACCUACUAAAGGCCUCUAGCAGCAAACUGAGGGAGAUUAGGACCCGUCUCUGUGAGCUUAAGCCUGCAAUUAUGAUUCUUAUAGAAACUAGGGUGAAACCUAAUAAAGCAAAUAGUAUUAGAGACAAGCUGCAACUGAAUGUUCAUUAUAUUGAUAACUAUAAUGCUCAUGACAAUGGUAGAAUCUGGGUUUGCUGGGAUAAUGCCAGGGUGAAUCUGCAGAAUAUUGAGUCAUCCAGCCAGUAUAUACAUUGUAGGGUCACUGAUGUACAUGGUAGCUUUAAAUUCUGGUUAACUGCUGUAUAUGCUCAGAAUUAUAUUGAAGAGAGGAAAGUGCUUUGGAAGGACAUUAUUCAGAUUCACAGGAACUUGCAGGGGGCUUGGUGUGUGAUGGGUGAUUUUAACAACAUUGCCAAAGCCAAGGAUAGAUUGGGAGGGAGAGCUGUGACUGAGAAGGAAUAUAGUGAUAUGCAAGAUAUGAUGUGCAGAACUGGUCUGAGUGAAAUGCCCAGCUAUGGUGAUUACUUCACGUGGUUCAAUAAAAGAGCUGAUGAUCCUAUUUACUCUAGGAUAGAUAGAGUUAUUGCUAACACUGAUUGGUUCCAAGAGUAUGCUGAUUGCAAACUAAACAUCCUGUCCCCCCAAGUAUCAGAUCAUGCUAUGUUGCAUUUGUGUGACACUAAGCCUGCGAGAAGACCUCAGAGACAUUUCAGAUUUAGUAAUUGCCUUGCUGAUAUGGAAGGGUUUGAGAAUGUAGUGAAAGCAUCUUGGGCUCAACCUGUCCAUGGGAAGCCUAUGUGUGUUUUGUGGAGGAAACUCAAGAGAUUGCAGUAUAUAUUGAGAAGAUUUAGCAAGCCUCUGAAUAAUAUUCAGCAGCAAAAGUUAAAAGCUAGAGAUAAUCUUCAGAAUGCCCAGGAAGCUCUCAGUCUGAACAGAUUUGAUCCUAGUAUCAUUGCUAGUAUCAAGAACUAUACUGAUGAGGUGUUGAGAAUAAAUGUGUUGGAGGAUAGUAUGCUUAAGCAAAGGGCUAAAGUGGACUGGUUAAGAAUGGGGGAUGGUAAUAAUCAGUUCUUCUAUUCAUACAUUAAAGCCAAGCAAGCACAGAGAAACAUGAGAGGAUUAUUAAAGGCUGAUGGGUCUGUUUUGCAAGAGCAUGAGGAGAUUGAAUCUGAAGUUCUUGAGUUUUAUGGUCAGCUUAUGGGAAAGGAGGAUAAUAAUAUUCAGCAUAUAGAUAUUGAGGCCAUGAGAAGAGGACCUCAAUUGAGUAUGGAGCAGAGAGAGGGGCUUAUUAGAAGUAUAUCUGAGGAUGAUGUGCUGCAGGCUUUAAAAGGGAUAGGAGAUUUGAAAGCUCCAGGCCUUGAUGGUUUUGGAUCCAAAUUUUUCAAAGUCUGUUGGAACAUUGUUAGGGUGGAUGUUUUGGCUGCUGUCCAGGAGUUCUUUGCCACUGGAUCUUUGUAUAAACCUUUCAACAGCACCAUAGUAACAUUGAUCCCAAAAGGAGAUUCACCUAAAGGUAUAAAGGAUUACAGGCCUAUUGCUGGAUGUACAACUUUUUACAAGAUUAUCUCUAGAAUUAUGACUGCCAGGUUGGGGAAGGUUCUUCCUAGCAUCAUAAGUCAAACUCAGGCUGCUUUUGUCCCUCAUCAGAAUAUUCACAACCAUAUCUUUUUGGCUUAUGAAUUACUUAAAGGUUAUAAGAAAAAGGGUGGAACUCCUAGAACAAUGAUGCAAAUUGACCUUCAGAAAGCAUAUGAUAUGGUCAAUUGGCAUGCAUUACAGAGUAUCUUAAAGGAGAUUGGUAUCCCUAGUCAAUUCAUCUGCUGGAUUAUGGCUAGUGUUAGUUCUGUUUCUUAUAAAUUCAAUAUCAAUGGAGAGCACACCAAAUUUUUGCAAGCUCAUAGGGGUAUUAGGCAGGGUGACCCCAUAUCUCCUAUGCUGUUUGUGAUUAUUAUGGAGUACAUGAAUAGAUUGAUGUUCAAGAUGCAGGCUAGGCCAGAGUUCCAUCAUCAUGCUCAAUGCAAGAAACUUUCCCUCACUAAUCUAAUAUUUGCUGAUGAUGUAUUACUGUUUUGCAGAGGUGAUUCUCGAUCUGUGGAGUUGAUGAAGGGAGCCUUUAAUACUUUCACUAAUUCUACCGGUCUCAGAGCAAAUGCUAGUAAGAGCAGAAUGUAUUUUGGUGGCAUUAAUGAUGAUCUAAAGCAUGAGUUACUUAGUAUGACAGGAUUUACUGAAGGUGCCCUACCUGUUAGGUACCUUGGGGUCCCUCUUACUAGUAGGAGGUUGAAUGUUCAUCACUAUAUGCCUUUAAUUGAGAAGAUUGCAGGUAGAAUGCAGCAUUGGACAACUAAGCUGCUCAGUUAUGCUGGAAGGAUCCAGCUGGUGAAGAGCAUUACUAGAGCUGUAGCACAGUUUUGGAUGCAAUGCUUCCCCAUUCCCAAAGGUGUCAUAAAGAAGAUUGAGGAUAUUUGUAGGAAAUUCAUUUGGACUGGAAAUCAUGAGAAUAAUAGUAGCAAGAGCCCGGUUGCUUGGAGUAAAGUCUGCAGCAGCUAUAAACAAGGAGGUCUCCAAAUACUGAAUAUGUAUUGGUGGAACUGUGCUUUACUUAUGAAAUGUUUGUGGAACAUAAGUGAAAAGGCUGACAAUCUAUGGGUAAAGUGGAUUAAUUGCCACUAUUUGAAAGGAAGGGAUGUCAUGGAGUAUGAAAUUAAGGGUAGUAAUAGCUGGAUGUUCAAAGGGAUCCUUAAGCAAAGGGAGCAUAUUGCUAAUAUGCAGCAGGUGUGGAAUGAGGCUAAGCUGAAGCAUAAAUUCAAUACCACAAAGUUUUAUAAAUGUCUUGUUGAUGAUGGGAGUUCUGUUGAUUGGGCGAAUGUGAUGCAAAGUAAUAAAGCGCAGCCUAGAGCUCUUAUCUGCUUGUGGAUGGCAUGUCAUAUGCAUCUACCUACUAGGGACAGACUUAAACGGUUUGGUAUCUUGCAGGACAGUAACUGUGUUCUGUGCAACGAAUCUGAGGAAUCCCACAACCAUAUCUUCUUUCAAUGCAGGAAAACUGGAAAUAUAUGGAAGAAUAUUCUAGAGUGGAUUGAGUUAAAGCAUCAGCCGGUUAGUUGGGAGGCUGAAAUUCGAUGGAUAUCUACUAUUGCCAAAGGCAAGGGUUGGAAAGCUAUGUUGAUUAAAACUAUUGGGAAUUCUGGGAGGAAGUUUAAUGGGUGUGGGUUAUACAAGUUGUUAGGAAGAAAGAGAUGCAAUUUCUUCAAUUGGUACGAUGAAGAAAUGUCCGUUCAUGUGACGGAGGUUAUUUUGUCACUAAUGAAGAGAAUUGAUCAACUUCAGAAGAAGAAUAAUAUAAAGCUGAAACAAGAUGAGGAUUUAAAGAAGAAGCUAAAUUUUUGCCAAGGAUUGAUUGUUGCAUCUGUUGUGGUCAUAAUGGGAUUGCUAUGCUUUUCUCUUCCCUUGGAUGCCAUGCUCUUCUCUUCACUCGUUAUAACGUUUUGGCAGAAGGGAGGAAGAACUUGUUACAAGGAGUGA